ACACGGAAGAGUAUCUCAAAGAAUCGAGUUGUGAGGGACCAAUUGGCGCAAAGAUGUUCGAAUACACUUAGAGAACGUCAGAAUUUCUGUGUUCUCGACUCAAACGACGAAGCAAACUUCGUUGGGUCACCUCCGUCUUGUUCACAUGGUCCUUGUCUGCUGUUUGGUCGUCGAAGUGAUUCGGGCGAUUUGGUGGAAAGUUUCUUUGGAUGUGCAGUCUACCGAUCUGAUCGCGGUUGUAACUUCAGAAUGCCUUUAAAAGGGCAGCCACAACACAAUUCUGAUAGUAUUAAGAAGUCUGGAAUAGAUUUCUCAAAUACUAAGCAAAGAGUAUCAGCUUCACCAGUACACAAGCAUCGCUUGUUGUCAGAAUCACAUUCUAGAGAAUCAACAUCUGAAUUCUCAAGUAUUGAUGAUGAAAAGAAGACCUCAAUAGUGAACAAACCCAAAUUCAUCUAUGGAAUCAUUAGGAAACACGUAAAUCAGCUGAUCGCCAUCGGCGUUCCACUAUAUUAUUGCGGUUAUUGCAAUGAUGCUGUCCGAAUCCCACACAAACAUCCUGUUGUUGGACCUUUGAGAAGGCAUCACUUCCGCAAACCGUCAGGUCUUUUGAAAGCGAUCACAGAAGAUGAUGGUGAAGCGGUGAGCACAUCAGUUGUCCAGUGCAUCAGUAUUUUCUGUCAUGCUUCUAAAUAA